AUGAAUCCCAAAUACCAGAGGGUGAAGCUUAAUGAUGGCCACUUCAUUCCUAUCCUGGGAUUUGGAACCUAUGCACCUGAGGAGGUUCCUAAGAGUGAAGCUCUGGAAGUCACUCAAUUGGCUAUAGAGGUUGGGUUCCGCCAUAUUGACUGUGCUCAUUUGUACCAAAAUGAAGGGCAAGUUGGACAAGCCAUUCGGAGCAAGAUUGCAGAUGGCACUGUGAAGAGAGAAGAUAUAUUCUACACUUCAAAGCUUUGGUCCACUUUCCUUCAACCAGAGUUGGUCCGACCAGCCUUGGAAAAGUCACUGAAAAAUCUUCAACUGGACUAUGUCGAUCUCUACAUUAUUCAUUUUCCACUGGCUCUGAAGCCAGGAGAGGAGCUUUUUCCAAAAGAUGAAAAUGGAAAAGUGAUAUAUGACUCUGUAGAUUUCUGCCGCACAUGGGAGGCCCUGGAGACUUGUAAAGAUGCAGGGCUGACUAAGUCCAUCGGGGUGUCCAACUUCAACCACAAGCAGCUGGAGAAGAUCCUGAACAAGCCGGGGCUCAAGUACAAGCCCGUCUGCAACCAGGUGGAAUGUCACCCUUAUCUCAAUCAGAACAAACUGUUGGAGUUCUGCAAGUCACAUGAUAUUGUUCUUGUUGCCUAUGGUGCUCUGGGAUCCCAACGAUUGAAAAAUUGGGUGAACCCGAACUACCCUAUUCUUUUGGAGGACCCGGUUCUUUGUGCCAUUGCCAAAAAGCACAAGCAAACCCCAGCUCUGGUUGCCCUUCGCUACCAGAUACAACGUGGGGUUGUGGUUCUAGCAAAGAGUUACAACAGGAAGCGGAUCAAAGAGAACAUGCAGGUUCUUGACUUUGAAUUGACUCCAGAAGACAUGAAAGCAAUUGAUGGCCUCAACAGUAACAUACGAUAUUAUGAUUUAGUCUUAUUUGCUCAUCAUCCAGAUUACCCAUUUCAUGAGGAAUAUUAA